UCUGAAGGCACCACUGUUGUUUAGAGCACUUAAACAGAAGCUGCUAACAGUCAGAGAAAUAAGGUCAAGAAAAGAAACUCUACUGAUUGAGCUACCAGAAUAAUGGGAAUUAUAAAUAUGCAUGAUCUGCAGUUUGUAACAUGUGACCUUCAAGUGUCAAAAAACAACAAGAACCACCGGACUAUUGAUUUGAGCAGAGAAAAUUGUCUUUUCCUUAGAAGAGGACAGGAAUUCAUUAUAACUCUGAGAUUCCACAAACCAAUGUUAAUCCACCAUAAGCAGUUGGAAGGGAUCACCCUCACUACAAAAACAGGACCCAACCCAUCCAGCAAAAAUGGAACCAAGAACAGUUUUCCAAUAUGCAGCCUCAGUGAUGAGAAAUCUUGGAGUGCAAAAGUUGUUGAUUUCCAGCAGGGAUUAUGGACACUAUCUGUCACCACUCCUGCAAGUGCCAUCAUUGGAAACUAUACUCUUUCACUUAAAUCUAAAAGGCCAACUUCAUUUUCUCAAGACUUAGGAAACUUCAUGAUUCUUUUCAACCCUUGGUGUAAGGACGAUCCUGUGUUUCUACACAAUGAAGGGCAAAGGCAGGAAUAUGUUCUCAAUGAGGAUGGUAUUAUCUAUUUAGGCACAGAGAACUGCAUUCAGCAACAUCCAUGGCAUUUUGGGCAGUUUGAAUAUGAAAUUGCUGAUAUCUGCCUCAAGCUUCUGGACACGAAUCCAAAAUACCAGAAGUUUCCAAAGAAGGAAUACCUUAACAGAAAUGACCCCAUCUAUGUGAGCAAGGUUCUAGGUGAUGCGAUAAGUAGGAAAGAUGAGGAGGACAGAGUAGCCUUCAUGGUAGAGAACAGAAGACCUUCUUAUGGCUUCAUAAGCAGUGUUCCCAUCCUUCAGAAGUGGUUCCAGACUGGAUGCAAAACUGUCUAUGGUCAUCACUGGGUGUUUGCUGCAGUGCUGUGCACAGUGCUUCGUUGUCUUGGGAUUCCCACUCGACCCGUUACAAAUUAUAACUCUGCAUAUGACACAAAACGGACCUUGCAGAAAGACAUAUACUAUGAUGAGAAAGGAGCAUGCAUUCACAGAGCAAGGAAUGAUAGCAUCUGGAACUUUCAUGUGUGGAAUGAAUGCUGGAUGGAGAGGAGAGAUCUGUCCUCAGAAUACAAUGGAUGGCAAGUCUUUGAUGCCACAGCACAGCAGCUGAAAUCCAAUGAUGAAUUAUGUGUCAGUGGUCCAGCACCAGUAAGAGCUAUUAAAGAAGGUCACGUUGCUCUUAAUCAUGAUGUAGAUCUCAUCUUCUCUAAGUUAGUAACAGACAACAUGGUGUGGGUUCGGAACCCAAAAUGUUUCAGUAAGGUGCUCUGUUGGGCAAGACACGUGGGAGACAGCAUCAGCACCAAAAGUGUCGGGAGUGACAUGCAAGAGGAUCUUGUCCAUCAUUAUAAAUAUCCAAAAGGCUCGGCAGAGGAAGCAGAAGUGCUGAAAUGCGUCACACAGACAAUGUUAAAAAAUCACAAGGCCAAAGACAGCAAAGAUACUUCCCUCAGUCCUGCCACUGUGUCCAUAUCCUCAAAGAGACUCCAGAUGUAUGGAGAUGACAUUCGCUUUAAAGUUACAGUGGCCAAUGUAAGUUUGGAGAAGAGGGACUUUAAGCUUCUAGUGGGAGCCCAGCCUAUACACGAUCAUGGCUUCACUCUAGCACAGUUCUGGAAUGAAGAGUUCUCCUUUCACUUCAAACCAUAUGAAGGGUGUAAUCUCUCCAUUCAGUUGUGCCACUCUUCAUAUGACACCUGCCUGCUGGACAAUAACUUGCUGCGGAUUACAGCUUUGGUUAAGGAUCCUACAUAUGAGAAUGGUAAUGUGGCUUUGGCAGAGCAAGAUAUGACGAUCUGCAAACCCUGCCUUUCUGUUCAGACCCCAAGAGUCAUCUUGCAAUACCAGCCUAUGACAGCCAUGAUCCAUUUCAAAAAUCCUUUGGAAAAGACUCUGUUGCAGUGUGUGUUGAGAGCAUCGGGAAAAGGGCUCCUGCACAAUGAGAGACACUAUCGGUGUGGGAAUGUGGCACCAGGAGACACUUUGCUUUAUCCAAUCACAUUUACACCAACGCAAGUUGGGCCCAGGAGACUGUAUGUUCAGCUGGAGUGCAGCAUAUUCAGAAAUAUAAUUGGCUUUCAUCCGUUUGAGGUCCUCCCAGCCAACGUCCAAGAAUGGUCCAAUGAGCACUGGCAGGAAUUCCAGAAGGCUCCAGAGAGUGCUCGUGCCAAUGGCCAAGUGGAUACUCCUCUCUCACUUGACAUCCAAUUAAAAAAGUCGUUCUUCUAUGGGCAAGAUAUCACAAUUAAAGUGUCAUUAUCUAAUCAGAGCAGGGCCAGGAAAGACUUAUGCCUUGUUCUGUAUGCUCAGUAUGUGCACAGGAAUGGGAACUUCUGCCCCAACUUUUGGAAGCAAGAAUAUACCGUUUCCCUACAAGCACAUGAAGAAAAAACAGUCUUUACCUGUAUCAGACCCUCUGAGUAUGGAGACUUCAAGUGGGAAAGCAACCUAAUCAGACUCACUGGCUUAGCAAAGGAUGUUACCAGCACAAUCUCCGCCAGCAGGCAUGUGACUUUGUACAAACCCACCCUUUGCAUUCAGAUGCAGACAGAAGCAUUGCAGUACCAACUCAUCACAUCCAUAAUCAUCAUUACAAACCCAAUAGAGGAGACCUUAGAGGACUGUGUGCUAACAGUGUCUGGGGAAAGCCUUAUAUACAGAGAGAGACUGUACAGCUGUAAGAAUAUUGGCCCAGGCAGCACAGAGGCUUACAAAAUUCGAUUUGCUCCAACUCAAAUUGGGCCCCUGAAAUUUCAAGUAAGAUUUGACUGCAAACAGUUCCGGGAUGUGAGGAGGAGCCAAGCAGUGGAGGUUCUUCCCUCUGCAAAUCCAUUUUAAAGUGGGUAGUGUUUGACACAGGCUAUGUAUCUCCAUGCUACAGAGCAUUUACAUCAGUUUAUUCUAACUGGGGUUGAACUGCUACCCCUAUAGUUUAGCCCUGUGUUUUAUAAUUAUAAGGGUGGUGACACACCCUCACAUGGAAAAUUCUGGCGAUUUCGGAAAACAAAACGAAGAGCAUGCCAUCCCACCAGCGAUUCACAUUCUUGCCAGUUGGAAGGCAUUUUGGGGAGAUUAUUGUCACCUGCAGUAUCAAAGAUUUAACAUUGGCAACUAAACCCCCCAGUGUGCCACCACCCUAAAGCUUGUACGAGCAGUUCCUUUGUAAUAACCAUACUCUUUUUGUUUUGAAUGUGUUACAAAUUUCUCUUUGGUCCUACGGCACUGCUGUACACAAUAUACCGGAGGCUGGCAUCAUUUGUUAUAACUAAACCCACGAUUACUAAGCAAUAAAGCAGCUUUUGCAAGUGUAUAAUGUAAUGCAGCAUGGCAUUUUGUACUGUCCUUUAAAAAUAAUCACAGAACAUACUGCAUGCUUCCCAGUAACUGGGCU